AUGCCCAGCGCACGUUUCUCAGUCUUGUCUCCACGUGCGGUAGCCAGGUGGUCCAACAGCAGUCAUUCGCGGACGACGGUGGUCAACCGAACGACUUCCCGAUGGUCGCACUCAGGCUCGGAUAACGUAGACGAGAACGUCGCAUCCGAUGGACCGUUGAAAGGGGUCAAGAUUUUGGACCUUUCCAGAGUGCUUGCUGCUCCGUUUUGCACCCAAAUCCUCGCCGACUACGGUGCGGAUGUGAUCAAAGUGGAAGAUGUUGACCGAGGAGACGACACCCGAUAUUGGCGGAUCAAGGGCGAAGAUGCAGCAUGGCAUGGCGACGCUGGGCCGAUAUCAAACUACUUUGCCGCCGUCAAUCGAAACAAACGCUCCAUUGCUCUCAACCUCAAGCACAAAGGUGGAAAGGAGAUCUUUCUGAAGCUCGCGAAAGAUGCCGAUGUGGUCGUUGAAAAUCUCCGUCCUGGGGCGUUGGACAAGCUGGGUAUUGGUUUUGAAGCACUGAGGAAGAUCAAUCCGGGCAUCAUUGUCGCAAGCACUUCAGGUUACGGCGCUUCUGGACCGUUCAAAGCGAGAGCAGGUUACGACAUGAUCGCGGGCGCGGAAGCUGGCCUACUCCAUCUCACCGGAGAGCGUGGCAGAGGUCCAGUGCGUCCCGGUCUUGGCCUGACCGACAUUUCCACAGGUCUCUUCAUGCAUGGAGCCAUUGCAUCUGCCCUGUACGCGCGACAACGAACAGGGCGAGGGCAGAAGAUUGAUGGAAGUCUCUUCGAAACCCAAGUCGCCCUGCUCUCCAAUGUCGGUCUCAGCUGGCUCAACAUGGGCGUCGAGGCGGAGCGCUGGGGAACGCAACAUCCAUCUGUUGUUCCCUACGAUGCAUUCAAGACCCGAGACCUCUACUUCGUCGUCGGCGCUACAAACGAUAAGCAGUUCACAAAGAUGGUCACCGUGAUAGGGAGGCCGGAGCUUGCGAGCGACGACAGAUUCCUCACAAAUCCCAAAAGAGUCACUCACCGGGAUGCAUUAUAUGAAGCUCUAAAUGAGACUUUUGCCAGUAAGAGUACCGAUGAGUGGCUUGCGGCAUUCGAGGGAAGUGGAAUGCCGUACGGUCCUGUCAAUACGAUGGAGAAGGUUUUUUCGCAUCCUCAAACAGAGGCUCGUGAGAUGGUGCAAAGGAUUGACUACCCGGCUGCCAAAGAUGGGAGCAUCAGGGUCAUCGGACCGGCCAUCAAAUUUUCGGACACCCAAGCCUCCAUUCGAACCAGGCCCCCUUUACAUGGCGAGCAUACGAAUGAAAUCCUUGAGGAGAUUGGUCUUGGAGAGAGCGAAGUGACUGAUUUGAGAAAUGAUGGGGCUUUGAAGUAG